AUGGCGGACGGCAGACGGACACAGUCCCCCAAGGACUACGAUGCUGCCUCUCUCACCAGUGAAUUUGAACAACUGAUGCGCACCAAGCGUUUCAACCGCCUUCAGGAACGCUCCCACUCUCGCUCCCACUCGCCAUCACCAUCUCCAAUGUCCAGCUCAUCAAUCCCACCACCUCCCUCACGGGCGCCACCACCACCGCCCUCACUCGGCGCUCCUGCCUCACCUCCCAAACCAUCGACUACUCCAUCAGCACUGCGCGGCCUUCCGAUCAUGCCAUCGCCCCCUCAGGAUCCCGCCUCACUCAAGUUCUUUAAUUUACUCAAGGGGUUGUCGGUUACGCCGACCAAGUACGAAAACCCCGGCCUUUUGGAUGAGGCUCUCUGUGUGAUUCCACUCGAUCGCUUGUAUUCCGAGGCCGAAGAAGAGUCCCAGAUUAUGCAGGCUUCCGCCGCCAGCGUGUCAGGGAAGCCGGAAUGGGGCUACCAAGAUUGUGUCAUCCGUGCAUUGCUCAGAUGGUUCAAGGGAUCCUUUUUCCAAUUUGUCAACAACCCUCCUUGCUCCAAGUGCAACAUGCCCACCAUUGCCCAAGGCAUGACACCGCCCAGCCCCGACGAGACCGCCCGCGGUGCCACCAGAGUCGAACUAUACCGAUGCUCCGAUAAUAGCUGUGCCGCCCACGAACGUUUCCCUCGAUACUCCGAUGUGUGGCAAUUAUUGCAAUCCCGACGAGGCCGGGUAGGUGAAUGGGCCAACUGUUUCAGCAUGUUCUGUCGCGCGGUCGGCGCCCGAGUCCGCUGGGUCUGGAACUCCGAAGACUAUGUUUGGACCGAAGUGUACUCCGAGCACCAACGCCGAUGGGUACACGUCGAUGCCUGUGAAGGUGCCUGGGAUCAACCUCGCCUCUACACGGAAGGAUGGCAACGCAAGAUCUCAUACUGCGUGGCAUUCUCUAUCGACGGCGCCACCGAUGUCACCCGCCGAUACGUUCGCAACUUCUCUCGCCACGGCAGCCCUCGCAACCGCGCCCCCGAGGAAGUCGUCCUCUGGUCCAUCCACGAAAUUCGUCGCAAGCGCCGCGAGAACAUGUCGAAGACCGACCAGCGCCGUCUGAUCAAGGAAGACGAGCGGGAAGAGAAGGAACUCCGGUGCUACAUGGCCUCUGCUCUGGCAGCAGAGAUCAACAACAUGCUCCCACGCAACCUCACCGGUCGCCCCGAAGACCAGAAGCACCCUGGUGCGCGCCAAGAGGCCUCCACCGAGUGGCUUGCCGCCCGCGGACAUGGCCACUCGGGCCCCGACCGUUCUCAUGAAGGCCGUUAA